AUGCAGGGCUGCGUCUUGAGUUCACAGAUGGCAACAGGCGUUGGUGCCAGCCUACAAAACAAGAUCAUACGCAAUGAGGCCAUCUUUGCUCUAGGAGUUCUACUGAUCGAGCUCGGUCUAAACCGUUCUUUCGAAGAGUGUAAAAGAACGAAGAACAUUGACACCACUGCCACGAACGUCGUUGACGACUAUGAUGUCGCAGACACUCUAAUAGAGGAUGUCUUCGAUGAAGUUGGAGAUCCGUAUGGAAAUGCAGUGCAAAGGUGCAUCAGAUUUGCUUUCCCAGGACGAGAUACGACAAAGAACUUUAGUCAUGCAACCUUUCGACAAUACUUCCAUAACCUGGUCGUGGCUCCCAUUGAAGCUACCCUAUCAACCACGAUAUCCUGA